UAAUUACAUUGUAUCAUAAUUCAAUUAACUGCGAACAUUGUUUGAUUUGGAAAUGAAUUGAAAUGGUUUACAGAUGAAGAAGAAAAUGUUUUCAAAAUUUUCCAACAUUCUUCAUCAUGCAGUUGAGGCGCUUGCACCUCAGUUGUCCUUGAAGGAAGAGUUUGUAUAUCAUUGGAAGGCAGUUACCACUUUCUUCAUGGAUAACAAAGGGGAGAAGAUGCCAAUAGAUCAGACGCAGAUCCCAGAACACCUGGAUCAGAUGGUGGUUUUGUUGACAGAGGAGGAAAAAAUUGAGCAACUGGAUAGUACAGGACCAUGUAUGGAGUACCUCCUACAACACAAACUCCUUGAGACUCUGUACUCACUUGGCAGAACUGAUCAUCCUCCAGGCAUGAAACAAAUAGUUCUACAGUUUUUUACCAAGUUAUUGUCCAGAUUAAAGCAGCCUAUCCUGGCCCAUGUUAGCGUGCACAGGGCUGUUCAUCGGCUGGUCAAGGCAUGUGGUGAAGUCCAGGCUGCCCCUACAGAAUCAGAGGAGAUUCAGUUUUUGUGUACUGUGUGUUCAGUAGUGAAAUCUACUCCCUAUCUAGUCAACUUCUUUAUUGAGGUGCCAAAACUCAAAACUGAUGCAAGAAAAACUAGUCUUACCAAAGAUGUGCCAACCCUUGAGAAUGAAGGUCAACUGAAAACUGCCAACAGUUCUUCAAAUGCCAACACUUUGCCCAAUGCCAACUCCACCAAUGGUCCAAGUAGUGAUGGGCGAAGUUUUAGCCUUAUGAAUUCGCUCUUAAAUCUCUCACACAGCGCAGACAGUCGGGUAGCUGUUAAGGCAUGUGAGGGCUUGAUGCUGUGUGCUAGUUUGCCAGAGGAAACAGCUGCCACAUGUAUCGUCCAUGAUACAGCCUUUUGUAUGGAGAUGAGCCAGAGGCUCGUAGAGGCAUAUCUCAAACUACCGUCUUUCAUAAGUCCCUUGGAUCUCGAGAAUGUAGAGGCCAAAUGGGGCCUGGAUGUCAUCACAGAGAGUGAAGAUCAUAAGACAUUUUUAGGAAAGCGCCAUCUAGUGAGUUUUCUGUCCUGGCUGGACUAUUGUGAUCAGCUGAUUUCUGUCUCAAAUCCAAUGGUAGCCAAAAAUCUGGCAAAGUCCAUCAGGGAACUGUUUCUGAAUGUUAUCAUGGAACCCUCAGUAUUACAAACGUCAGAACCAGGUGCAAUACUUGCUACAGCAUACCUCAAUAGGUGUCUAAGGACUGUGUGUUCCCCAGAACUUUUGUCUGAGUUUUGCUUCUUCAUUCUUGGAUCAGAAAGAUUACCAGAGCAAAAAGAGGAGACAACUCAUCCAGGCAUCAGAGACCGACUCAUUGAGCGAUGUAAUCAUUUAUCCGAGGAACUGAGUUUGAUUACUUUGAAGUUGUUUGACACUCUCCUACAGAAAGAUGAUGAACACAUCAUACAUAACUUAGUAUUACGCAAUCUGUUAGGUAGGAACUACUACAAAACUUCACCAGAAAUCAACGAGCAGGACAAGGGAGAAAACUCCCCAACAACAAAUGGAAUCUCUGAAAAUGGUGAAGAGGACACAUGCACUGAAGCAUCAGCAAAACCAAAUCUCAGUCGUUCGUCAAGUCGCACGGAAGUUCACAAGAUUGUUAACUGUUUCCUAUCCUUGCUGCCAGAACAGUUAAAGUCCAGUUAUCAGACUGCGGACAGUGGAUAUGAUAUGUAUUUAAGGGAUGCUCACAAACAGUUUCAUCAUGUGUGUGAGAUGACAGACCCCUGGUCUUGGCCCAAAGAGCCUGUUGUCAUCAGGAGAUUUGUCAUGGAUGAUUUUUAUGAAGGGUCUUUUCUGAGAAUGAUACUGGAUAAAAUGUCGCACUUAAUGGAUCAGAGUUAUCCAGUUAACCUACAGUUGACUUCUGUUAUCUCGAGACUGGCUCUCCUGCCACACCCCAAUCUCAGCGAGUUCCUGUUGGAUCCCUUUCUUCCUGUCAGGGAUGGUGUCAAAACUCUUUUUUCUGUCUUCCAGAAGCUGUCCAGUGAGAUAAGAACAAAGCUUCACACACAAAGUGACCUUAGUCAGAAACUGGUCAGUGUACGUCGUCAGUUAAUGGGAACCAGUCCAAAUCUUCAUAGAACAAGACCAUUCAGGAAACAUGAAAGAUUUCAAUUCAGAUAUGAAGACCAAAACCAAUUAGAGGCCAUCAUAGUCAUGGAAGAGUUUUGUAAAGAGCUCUCAGCAAUAGCAUUUGUCAAGCACCAUACUGAAGUAAAUAAGUCAUGUUGAUGAUCUAAGGUUAUCAAGACUUGAUUAUAUUUGAUGGAGAACAUAUUAUCUAAUCUGUUUUCUUUAUGUAAAGCUUGUGUUGAAGGAUCUGUAGUGUCCAAUCUUGUGAACUCUAACGGAUCUCGAAUUCUCAAACAGAGAGAUUUGUAUAAUAAUUGUAAUGAAAAUUUUUUAUUCUCAUUGGCAUUGUUGAAAAACAUUGCUACAAAGAGAGAUAAUUAAUCUACCAUUGUAUCUCCAGAAUGUUGGGUUGUUCGUAAUAUUCUUUUGUUGGUAUUAUCUAAGUUGACAACAUUGAAAUAUUAAAUUAGAAAUGGUGGUGCAUGCAAAUGUAUGGACAAAUUUAGAUUGAAGUAUUCUUCUUGUAUGAAAUCCAUAGAUAGUGCAAUAUUUAUAAAAAUGUAUUAUAUUAUUACAUAUAAUAUAUAUAUGGUAUUAUGGUAAUGUCUGCAUUUUCUUUUCAUCAGUAUAACUUAAAAAGUUUGAAUUGUUUAUGUUCAUUAAUGAUGAUAUUGAUACAUUUAUUUUUUGUAUACAUGUAUUUCCCUGUGUGCCAAAGAAGGAGAAUACAGCUUUCUUUUUUUUUUUAUUUAGUUCAAAGGUCAUGUGCUCUGUAAUCAUGAUUAACCUUUCUCAAUACUUGGUAUUUUAUAAAAAGAACAGCAAAAAAAGUGCAUUUUAGAUGUUAUUUUAGUUUCUUUCAUUUUCUGUUAAUAUGAUAUUUGUAAUGAUAUUAUAUUUUAGCUUUUGAGGAAAUUUUAUGAAAAAUUCCCCUUUUCCCCCCAAAUUUUUUAUUAUUUUUUCAGACACUGUGAUGAAGUAAACCUGAUUGAGUUAAAUUGUACACUUAAAUUGUGUAAAAAUUAUAUCAUUAAAUUGAUUUUCUCUUUAUUUUUCUUUAUGCUAUAACCUAUAUGAAUAAGAUGUUUUUUUUUGAAAAUCAGAAUUUGUGAAAUCUAGAUCAUUGUUACAUAUGUGUAAUGGCAGAUAUUUGCUAAGUAAGUGAAAAAGUUCUUGAGGUGUCUUUUCAGAAGGAACUGCAAUUAUACUUCUAGAGAAAUGCUGUAAUUCUCUGAUUUAAGAUUUCCAAAUACUUGCAUAAUCCUACUCUGGAAAUGAAAAUGAUUAUCCUUAUAGAAUUGUAUAUCAUUGAAAUAUUUUAUAGAGUUCAUCGGUAUUCUAGUCAUAUCUCAUUUAAAUACAUAUUAAUAUACACAAAUUGUAUUAUGAACUAUAUGCACCUUAUUUAUCAUUUUCUUUCCAUAAAAUUAAAAAAGUAUUCUUAAGGAAAAA